UCCCCGCGCCGCCAUGGCCUGCCGCCCUCGGAGCCCGCCCGGCCGCGGCGAGCGUUGGUCCAGCCCGCCGGCGCCCGCCAGGUGGAGCCUCGGCCGCAAGCGCAGGGCGGACGGCCGCCGCAGCACGCCCGACGACCGCGACCGCGACCACGACCGCAGCCCCGCCGGGACGCCCGCACACGCGCACAGGCCCGACAGUUUUACCACCCCUGAAGGCCCUAAAGCCCGCUCUAGGUGUGCCGACUGGGCCAGUGCAGUAGAAGAGGAUGAGAUGAGGACCAGAGUUAACAAAGAAAUUGCAAGAUACAAGAGGAAACUGCUCAUAAAUGACUUGGGGAGAGAGCGGAAGUGCUCAUCGGGAAGUUCUGAUUCGAAGGAGUCCACGACGGCCACUGACUUGGAGACGGACGAGAGCGUCCUGAUGAGGAGACAGAAGCAGAUCAACUAUGGCAAGAACACCAUCGCCUAUGACCGCUACAUCAAAGAGGUGCCCCGGCACCUGCGGCAGCCUGGCAUCCACCCUAAAACGCCCAACAAAUUCAAGAAGUACAGCCGGCGUUCCUGGGACCAGCAGAUCAAACUCUGGAAGGUGGCUUUGCACUUCUGGGACCCUCCGGUUGAGGAAGGCUCUGAGCUGCAGGAAUUACACCCUGUGGACCUGGGUGGGAUGGAGACAGAGUCUGCAGGCAGCAGCUCCAGCUCCCAGGAGGAGAGCUAUGCUAUGGAGUCUGGCACGCCCACCAAAGUGCGACAUGUGGACAGCCAGGCUGGGGACGAGUUCGACCUGGAGGCCUGUCUCACCGAGCCAGUGAGAGACCUCUCGGCUAUGAGCUAACAGUGAUCCCUGGCAACCAAGAACACAUGGCUGUCCCUGGCCGGAGACCAGCCUGUCCGCAUUCUUCUUG